GCUCCGGGCAGGGCCGGCGGACGCUGGCGUUGCGUCUGUCCAGCUGUCCGGCAGAGACCGAGCGAGCGGCGGAGGGAGCGGCCAUGGCGUCCGGCGGGCCGACAUCGCGCUCGCGGCUGCCUGUCGGCGGCGCCCUGCUGGUGCUGGUGCUCGUGCGGGCCGCGGCCGCGCAGGAGCCGGCCGGAGGCGCUUGUUCCCACAACACGAACAGAACCUGUGAGGAAUGCCUGAGAAACGUCUCUUGUCUGUGGUGCAACACGAACAAGGCUUGUCUGGACUACCCAGUUACAAAAAUCCUGCCACCUGCUUCUCUUUGUAAACUGAGUUCUGCACGCUGGGGUGUUUGCUGGGUGAACUUUGAGGCACUGAUCAUCACCAUGUCUGUUUUGGGGGGCGCCAUCCUGCUGGGUGUUGCCGUCUGCUGCUGCUGCUGCUGCCGGAGGAAGAGGAGUCGGAAGCCGGACAAGAGCGACGAGAGGGCCAUGAGGGAGCGGGAAGAGAGGCGGAUCCGCCAGGAGGAGAGGAGAGCGGAGAUGAAGUCAAGACAUGAUGAAAUCCGGAAAAAAUACGGUUUGUUUAAAGAAGAGAACCCAUAUGCCAGAUUUGAAAACAACUAAAACACUUUGACGCCGGCCAGCCUCGGGAUGCUGUGUCUGAGUGCCCCUCGGCCCUGGGCAGCGGGCUCAGCUGCCUCGUCCUGUCUCCUGACCUCGGCGACAGAUGGCUUGUCCCCUGGUGGCCCAGGCAGGAGCUGCACUCAAACGACAAUCCUGCCCCUGCCCUCUGAUGUUGCUUUCUGUUCCUUUCACCGAGACCGCUGACCGCUGGGCGCCCACCUUUCUGUCGGGGAAGUGGGCGUACUCCUGUCACUGUGGGCUGUGCGGGGCCCUCAGCAGCCCCUUCUCGGCCACGCGUGCCCAGUCAGGGCCGCCCUGCUGUGUUAGAAACAGGAGCCGAUGCAGCGUCCCCUCCUGAGCUCGGCUGAGCCGGGAGCUGUAAGCACUCCUUCACAUGGCCUGGAGAGAGAGAGUAUGUGUGUGUUAAUUCUUGAACUUUCUCUUCUCACCUAAAACAUUUCACCACAAAGGUUUUCGUGUAAAAAGGUCAGAUAGCUAGUUGGAAGACGUUUGUGGUUGAGAUUGUCAGUAAACCGCGAAUCUGUGCCCACAGCCAUGUGGUGAUGCCCCCAGCCUGCCCUCAGCCCCCACGUGGGGCUGGCGUGUGGGCGCACACCGUCUGUCCCCGUCCGUCCUGUCUGGGGGACGGUAUUACUGUCCCAGGCAGCGCUCCGGGCCCGUCCUGCCCUGCCACCCCCAGCCGGCCACACCGCGCCCAGCUCGCAUCCUGUCGGGCCAUGGCUGAUGCAUUGCUGAGUGGGGGGGAGCUGGGGUCGUGCCCUGAUAGGGCGGGGGCCCCUGAGCCCCCCCACCGGGCACCUGUCCUCGAGCCCUUGGGGACUCACCUGCUGGGCAUGGCGGCACACGAGUGGGCAUUUCUGUAUCACAUUCUCAUACAAGGGAAGCAACUUUGAAUUAUUUUUUUCCCAGAACUGAAUUCUUUAGUCUGUCUUCCCUGACUUCCUGGGCGAUUGAGCACAGCUUUGCCAGGUGUCUUAGGAGCAGCGCCGUUGUGUCUGACUGCGUCACAGCGGCCCGGAAGACACUGCUGUGGCUGACAAAGUCCCCUUCCUGACCGCACGGCACUGAGCUCCGAGAGGAGCCUCCCCGUCACACAGUGUCGCUAGCCCUCUCACAUGCCACCCCACCAUGCUUCAUCUGUGAGCUGGCACUGCGCGCAGCCACAGAAGUGUAACCUCAACAAACCAUGCCACUUGGAGUGCCUUACUUUGUAACCAGUUUCCAAUAAAAUGAUUUAAUACACUUUCA